UAGUAGUGCUUGAGACGUGUCGAACUGUCUGGGAUCGCUUUUCUCACGUGUGAAUUCGUCGCCGUUGUGUCCGUUGGUGUGUGUGUUCGUGUGUGUGUGUGUGUGUGCGAGCGCGCGCGCGUGUGUGUAUCCUCCCCUCCCGACUAAAAGAGAGAGAGAGAGAGAGAGAGAGAGAGAGAGAGAGAGAGAGAAAGGAUGCGAUGUUGACGGAAUAUCCACCUCAGAAGAACGGGAACGGCAGGCACGCGGACCUGUUCCACCGGCUCCACUGCGGAACGAUGCGCGCGAGACUCUGAGAGAAAGAGAAAAAAGAAUUCCCACCGGAUUCCGUGUACUUUCUGUUAGAUAAAAACGAUUAAAAGAAAGACCGGGUUCCUUCCUCCCACACACUUUAGAAAUGAUCAAGGUAAACACAAGGACACCGGUGGAUUUACACCGUCUCCGCUCCUCAACUUAACGGAUUUAACGGGAAAGAAACAUGACAUGGGAACCGAAAUAAUCCGCGAGCAGAAUGCUGGAAAUGUGUGAAGAAGGAAUCGGGGGCUGAAGCCGAGAAUCAUGGGAGUUGCAGUACGCCUGGCACUGAUGACCUGGGCUCUGCUGGGCUGGUCUCAGGCAGCUGAGAGCGCACCCUCUCUGAGUGUGGCAGUGAUCCUGGGUGAGACUCGUGGUGUCCCUGAACGGGCAUUGCGCCCAGCACCAGGCGUCGGAGCACCACUGGACAUCAGUGUGCUGGCUGUACAGGUGAACCACACGGACCCAGGCAGCAUGCUCACCCACCUUUGCCAGCUCAUGGCACGCCAGCGAUUGCAUGGCCUUGUUUACGGUGACGGAACCGACCAGGAAGCUAUCGCCCAGAUGCUGGACUUUGUCUCUUCCCAGACUGCUAUGCCCAUCCUGGGUGUCCAUGGAGGUGCGGCCAUGACCAUGGCUGAGAAGGACGCCAGCUCCUCUUUCUUCCAGUUCAGCGCCUCGCUCCAUCAGGAAGCCCUGCUCAUGCUGGCUGUGAUGGAGGAAUACGACUGGCACGUCUUCUCCGUGGUGACCACCAGGUUCCCCGGCCACCAGGAGUUCGUGGCGACCAUCCGCGUGACGGUGGAGCACAGUUUCGUGCGCUGGGACCUGCAGAGCGUGGUGACACUGGACGGCGUGGGCGAGCCCGAGGACAGAGCACACGUGCAGCUCAAGCGCAUCCAGUCGCCCGUAAUUCUGCUCUACUGCUCCAAGGACGAGGCCGAGCUGGUGCUGGCCGAGGCCCGGUCGCUCGGGCUGAUCGGUGCCGGCUUUGUGUGGAUCGUCCCCAGCCUCACAUCCGGCAACCCUGCCCGUACGCCCGAAGCCUUCCCCCCGGGAAUGAUUUCCAUCGCGUACGACGAGUGGGACUAUCCUCUGGAGACACGUGUAAGGGACGCGGUGGGGAUUUUCAGUCACGCCGCCGCCGCCAUGUUCCGAGAGCAAGGACGCAUCCCGGACGGAACGGUUAGCUGCUCGGGUCAAGCGGAGAAACCCGAGAUUCCUGCAAGUGCACUACGCAGGUAUAUGAUGGGUGUAACUCUGGAGGGCAGAGAUCUGUCGUUCAUGGAUGAUGGUUAUCAGGUGAACCCUAAACUGGUGGUUAUUGUACUCAACACCGAGAGGGAAUGGGAGAAGAUGGGCCGCUGGGAGAACCAUUCGUUGAUACUGAAAUUUCCUGUAUGGCCUCGGUACAACUCAUUUGGAGAUGCAGAAGCAGAUGAGAAUCACCUGAGCAUCGUGACAUUAGAGGAAAAGCCAUUUGUUAUAGUGGACGAUGUGGACAUUCUGACCGGGACGUGCAUGCGCAACUCUGUACCCUGCAGGAAACACAUCAAAGAUAACACUACAGGUGGAUCAUAUCUAAAGCAGUGCUGUAAGGGCUUCUGUAUCGAUAUCCUAAAGAAGAUCGCCAGGAAUGUAAAGUUCACAUACGACCUUUACCUGGUGACUAACGGCAAACACGGCAAGAAAAUCAACAACGUGUGGAACGGCAUGGUGGGCGAGGUGGUUUAUAAGAAGGCCGUCAUGGCUGUUGGUUCAUUGACCAUAAACGAGGAGAGGUCAGAGGUCAUCGACUUCUCCGUGCCCUUCGUGGAGACGGGGAUCAGUGUCAUGGUUUCCCGCAGCAACGGAACCGUAUCGCCCUCGGCCUUUCUCGAGCCGUUCAGCGCCUCAGUGUGGGUGAUGAUGUUCGUCAUGCUGCUCAUCGUCACCGCAAUCGCCGUCUUCCUGUUCGAGUUCAUCAGUCCACUGGGCUUCAACAGAAACCUCGCACAGGGCAAAGACCCUCAUGGUCCAUCUUUCACCAUUGGCAAGGCCAUCUGGCUUCUGUGGGGUCUCGUAUUCAAUAACUCUGUACCAGUACAGAACCCUCGAGGCACCACUAGUAAGUUCAUAGUGUCCGUGUGGGCCUUCUUUGCCGUGAUCUUCUUGGCCAGUUACACUGCCAACUUGGCUGCCUUCAUGAUCCAGGAGGAGUUUGUGGACCAGGUCACUGGGCUCAGUGACAGAAAAUUCCAGAGCCCAUAUUCCUUUUCACCGCCAUUCCGUUUUGGUACAGUCCCAAAUGGCAGCACUGAGAGGAACAUCAGGAAGAACUACCCAGACAUGCACCAGUACAUGGUCAAAUACCACCAGUCUGGCGUCCAGGACGCACUGAUCAGCCUCAAGACGGGCAAGCUGGAUGCGUUCAUCUACGACGCGGCUGUGUUGAACUACAUGGCAGGGCGAGACGACGGCUGUAAGCUGGUGACCAUCGGCAGCGGCUACGUCUUUGCCACCACCGGGUACGGUAUCGCCCUCCAGAAAGGAUCCUACUGGAAGCGCCUUGUGGACCUCGCCAUUCUAGGAAUCAUUGGAGAUGGUGAGAUGGAGGAGCUGGAGGCUCAGUGGCUCACAGGUAUUUGCCAUAAUGAGAAAAAUGAAGUGAUGAGCAGUCAACUUGAUGUGGACAACAUGGCCGGUGUGUUCUACAUGCUGGCAGCUGCCAUGGCGCUAUCUCUCCUCACCUUCUGUUGGGAGCACCUGUUCUACUGGCGACUGCGUUACUGCUUCACUGGACUAUGCUCGGGACGACCUGGACUUCUCUUUACCAUAAGCAGGGGUAUCUGGAGUUGCAUCCAUGGUGUCCACAUUGAGAUGAAGAAGCUUCCCGAGUUGGAUUUCAGUCCUCAGGCCAACAUGUUGCACUUGCUGAAAUCAGCUAAAGAGAUUACCACUCUCGGGGUAACCUCACCGAAACGGCCCGUCUCCAGCAUCCUCUCUCCUACGCCUGGAAUACUGGAUCUUAUGACCAUUCCCAAAGGUAAUAACCUUGCUCCAAAAGACGUGAUCUACAACAAUACCAACACCAUGCUUGCAAAUCGCCACAAAGAGCCUUUAAACAACACCCUUUUGCCUGGUCAGUGCGCCCUUAGCCUAGCCGAUGCCCAGGUUGGUGUGGCAGGUAGCGGAGGCACAGGAGGUGGCGGUGGUGGCGGUAGUGGUGGUGGUGGUGGUGGUGGUGGUGGUGCUGGUGCUGUUGACCCAGGAGUACCUGCUUCUAAGUCGCGUGCUCUUUGGAAGAAGUCAGUUGAAACUCUGAGACAGACCCAAGGACCUAGCACAAAUUCCCCUCCUUCCCCUGCAGCAGUAUUUGAGCCACAUGCAACUAUGAAAAGCCAGAGAUACUUGCCUGAAGACCUCCCUGCACGUUCAGACAUGUCUGACUGCUCUGGCCGCAUCGACCUACAGAAGCAGCACAAGGUCAAAGAGACACUCCGGAAGCGUAACCGCCUGCCACGGGACCUUAGUGACGUGGAACUCUCUGCAUUGCCCAGCCAAGCCAGCCAGCAGAGCAAUCACAGUGCUCAGAUCUAUUCCCAGAACAGUCAGAGCAGCCAGAUCUACACCAUUGAUUCUGUAGACCAGGAGCAUGGACUACACUACCCGGACAUAUUCAAUGAGCACAGAGACAACAAGCAUCGCCCUUCAUCUUCUUCAGAGCAGCAGCCAAUACUACAGCUUAACAGUAACAAGUUCCCUCAGGCUCACGAACCAGAUGUCAUGCAGAAUGCCACAACUGCUGCCAAGGAGAAGAAAUACAAUACUUAUGGAAAGCCUGGUGUGAUAGGGCUCAGUCCAGCAGUGACCACUCCUGCCCAGGACCAGAGACAAACCCACUGCCGUAGCUGUCUGUCCAAGUUCUCCAGCUAUUCUGGGCUUUACACCAUGCGACCACCUCAGUAUCGCUGUGAUGCCUGUCUGCACUCUGCCAAUCUGUAUGACAUAAGUGAGGAUCAGUACCUGCACCCUAACGUAGGUGCCAUUCGAGGUGGGAGUGUAGACAGGAGCUUCUGUGCAUUUCUGCCACAUCCCAAUGCUUCCUUCACGGCCUACCUUCCCCAGAGUGACCAAGAAGGUGAAGGGCUCAUUAGUCACUAUCAGAACGAGGGCAUUUAUAUCCAUCGCCAGCACUCUUAUGAGAACCUGCCUCAAAAGCAUUCUUCACGACGUGUGAGUCUUCAGGACAACACUCCUCACACUAACCUGCACACAUCCACCAUGGUCCUGGAUAAGCUUCCAAAGAGCCAGUCGACGCAGCUUAACCACACUCUCACUUCCGUAGGCGUUAGCGGGCUUGGCAUUGGCCGGCGCAGCAAAUCAAUGUAUCCAGCCCGUCCGACGGAGAACCCUUUCCUGCAGACGCUCCGUGACGACCAGCGCCUGGCUCACGGCCGCAGCUCUACGGACAUUUACAAACAGCUGGUGCCACUUACAUUAAGUCCAGUUAUCGACGGCAAGGGGCACGGCAUAGGGGUGGUGACACCUGACCUAUAUUACCCCGAGCAUGUAAUGCCUUAUGUAGCCCUUUCCCCAGUUGGCACAUUCCCAGCCCCGAGAGCAAUGAGUGCCGGUGGUGCACGACGUGUAUACAAAAGGAUGCCCAGUAUUGAGUCUGACGUCUGAAGGGUUGAACGAAAAACCGUGAACCAAUGAGCUAGCGACUCUGAAAAAAACAAGCGCUGUACAAAGCAUCAGUAUUUCCACAUGGAUAUGGAUUCAUAUUGGAUUGUUCUUUACAACCAGGAGUUUAAAAAAAAUAUUUUGUUUCCUGCUCUUAAGUAUAUCUGAGUUUGCCAUUUCAUCAGGUCCUCCCCUGUAGUUGAGCAGCAGCUCUGGGUCUUCCACAUAAGCACAGAAGACGGCACCAGACACAGAUGUGCCGUAGAGAGGAAGUACAACAAAAAAAGCUCCUGGUAAUUGCGGGGCAGCUCCAAAGAGUUUUCCGUUUUCUAAAAAUGAGCAACCAAAAAUUGCCAGGUGGUAUCGCAUAAAUGUGAAGGAAGUAAUGAAUAUUCCAUGAAGAAACACCACAAAACACAAACGUAUAAAUCCAUACAAAAUGCACACAAAUAAACACUUGAAUCUAAAUAGAGUUCAAUCAAAUGAAAUGCACUGUAAGAUAUUAAAGGCUACGUUCACAUUACAAGCUUCAUUGCCCAAUUCCGAUUUUUUUUGCAUCAGCUCUAUCUUAACGGUUCACAUUUGUAACCUCGAGUGACCCGUAUGUAUCUUGAACAUGAAUGCAUGUGUCCCCAACUAGAUCAUUCUCAGAUGUAUCCGUAUGUAUCCAGGACCAAAUAUGAAAGUGGCUCAGGUUCAAUUUAUUUUAGGGGGAAAAAAAAAUCUGAUUUUUGUGUUUACACUAGAUCUGAGUCAGGACAGCUCCUAUGUGGCACAACAGAAAAGCUCUUAUUAUUAUUUGCUCUUAAGGCAGAGAGAUCACAAGAAAUCUCACUGGUCAGAAGUCUAGCAAGCAAAACUGCCCAUGGUCUCUGGGUGGGAGGGGCAUACUCUGUUCUUCCUGUCAAUCACCGGCCAGUUGUUGGGAGUCUGUGAGCUCAUGUAGGGCAGAAGAGGGCAGAUAGCGCUUUCUGUACAUAGACAUAGACGGCUAACUUCACGGGUCUUCACGUGUUAGCCUUCACCCUCACCAGAAAAUCGGAUUUGUGUCGCUUCAGCCUGGUAAUGUGAACGUACAGGGAGAAAAAAGAAAUUAGCAGAAAAUAUAUUCUGACCAAACUUCCUAACCCCUAAAGAGACUUCUAUUUUUUCAACAACAUUUUUUUUUUCGACUGUGUAAUAUAAGGAACUCCUGGUGGACCCAGGGCCUUAGUUUAGAACUUCUGAAAAUGUUUACCUGCAUGCCGAACACAAGAGCAGGAAGACGACUUCUCUGAGCCAUCGGUGUGGGUCACGUCCUCAUGACUACAUUAUUACAUUACCAUCAUUUCUAUAGCUGGCUAGGAAAAUCAUACGUGACCAGUCAUUUUUACAGUUUUAUACACUGCCAAAUAUUUGACCAAGCGGUGUGCAGAGCACAGGACACUGCUACUGUUCAGGAAAAUCCGACAAGAAAAAUAUCCCGGAAGCUUCGAGUUUCUCGUAAAAAGACACGAAGAGACGGUGACGAUGCUGUAAUCUGAAACCUGUACCAACAAAAUGAUGUCACUCUGCACCGCAGGACCACACAGAACUGCACAUACUUCACAUACAUCACUUCCUGUAGGACUAAACCCGCCUACCCAUACCUUGAUAUUUAUUUAUUUAUUUAUUUAUUCAUUUAUUCAUUCCUGUUUUCAAAUAUAAUGGUCAUCCAGCGAUAUGCACAAUAUCAGGUUGCAAUAUAAACUUUCUGUAUGAAAUUUCCUAGCUAAUAUGUUUUAUUAUGGGUUCAUCACUUAAUUUAUUGAUUGUAAUACAUGUGACAUUAAUUUAUAAAUGUGGAUUUUAAUUGCAUAUGUAUAUAUAUAUAUAUAAUAUAAAUAUAAAGAUUAUAAUAAUAAUAAUAACAAUAAUAAUAAUAACAACAGCAUGUUAAUCUUCUCUAUGGUCAGACUUUUCCGAGUUGUUCCUUUUUCAUUUUUUUGACGUGAAUGGGAGUACAUGUUUACAGUGAAUAUGGAAAUAUGGAUUCUUCUCGAAUGUGAUUUUGAUUCUCAUUUGAAUACAUGGCAGAAAAACAGAAAAAAAGUCAACCUGGACGACAUUUUGGCUGUGUCUUCAGUUGUUUUGCGUCUGAAAUCGGAGAGGUUUAAAACGUCGGCGCUCUGAAACAACCGCAGACCGUAAACAAAUAAAUACACAAAAAGGAAUUUGAAGAGCAUCUGAAAAGAGAGAUGUUUUUCUCUUAAAAGACGAGUUUAUCUCUCCGAAGGCCCGUUCACCUCCCGCUUUAAAUUUCCACACGGACAUAAAACUAAAGCCUCCAUCAGUAAGUGCUGAGGCGGCAUCAUCACGGCUGCUCCGGGAUUCGGAGGAUAUGAGUUCGCUCGUUUCAAGACGUUUUACAGUUAUUAAAAAGCAUCUGCUUUCACAGCACUCGACGCUGCUUUAGCGCUAACGCUAAUUCCUGACCUGGAAGGAUUUUCUCUCUUUUUACAGCUGAUUUAUACGACCACGAGGUUAUUGUUUCAGAUAGAAGUCUACAGACAUCGAUGCUGCGUGUUUUUUUAGGACGGAAAUGAGGAGUUGAUGCUAGCGCUCCGCUAAACAGUGAUAUUUCUUCAACACAAACUCGUCUCAUGGAACAGUCUCAGUGAAAUUCCCGUUGAAAUGUGGUGCCAAUACUUUAUUGAUUAAUUAAUUAAUCAGCAUCAAUAAAUCAUCAGUGAUUAUUUUCCAGGUCGAGUUUAAAAGCUGUAACUCCAGUGACGUCUCAAACGGUCAGUAAAUAUAAUAUAGACCCUCUGGGCAAAAAGUGAAAAUUUAAUAAUUUAGACGAUUAAAAUCAUUUCAUUCUGCACAUUUUCAUAUCUGAUAGACCUCAUGCUUUUGCUCCACCUUAUGAUGCGACAUUAAAGUGAAUAAGGAAUAUUUUUAAACCUGGGGUGUGUUUAGUCUCACUAGCGACAUUACAGA